AUGGCGCGGCCCCUGGGAAGCUCUUUUUUUGCAAAUCUCAUGAACACGCUGAUGGGCGGCGAGGAGCCACGAACAUAUUCGGAGGAUGACUUUGCAAGGUGGUUCAGUACUCUGAAGCCACCAACGCCGACCAUCGUGGGCGAGGCCCUGCCCCCAGGGGUACCGACGAUGGCGAGCAAGUACGGUGUCUUUGGUGCGAAAGCCCUGACUCGCGGAGUGCCUGGCGAUGAAAACUACACGCCGGUGCCCUGCGCAGAUGCAGAAAGCCGGCCGCCGGCACCCUGCGAAGCCACUGGAGAGUGUCAGGAUCUGCAGGACUUGGCGACCAAGUUUGAGCAAGGGUCGAACAUCGCGAGAGCCUUGGCCCUGAACGCCAUCAACGCCAUGCAGGUCGCGCAGGUACUCCUGCGCAGGGUGGACAAAGCUGCUGUCAACCUCGUGCGCAUGCCUGAGCUUAGCCACUUCAGUGCCGGUGAGCCAAAUGGCCUCGGACCCGAACCUUGGCCCUUGGAAGACCAGCUGACGCUGGACAUUCGGGGGCCCCUGGCUCACGGCGAUCGCUUUCCGCGGCCAGGCGAUAUCGACGAAGACUACCUCACGAGGUUGAUGGCCCGAUGGGACUCAGAGCAUCGGACAGUUGAGUAUCUCCAGAGAGCAGAAGGGAACAGGCCCCUCCAGCUUAUCGAGGAGAUGGGGCGCAUGCCGAUCUUCGAGCCCCUUCCCGAGCCAACUCCUAUCAAGGAGCAGCCACUUGAGGAAGAGCCGAAGGAAGAGGAAGGUAGAAAGGGGUUGCACAGGGCAGAGGGGAAAGGCUUGACUUAG